AUGGCGCCUGUGACGGUCCCUCUCAUCCGCCGCCAGCCCGAGUUUGAGAAACGUGACAACACCGCUGAGGAAUGGACUGAGCUCACUGCAAACCUACGUGGCAAAUACGGUAUAGGUUCUAGAAAAUUGGGGCGGCGUGCUUUGAGCACGGUAUCCAUGACCAACCAAAAUUCAGAUCUGGGGUAUAUAGUGAGGAUACAGGUUGGUACCCCUCCAAAGGAUUUUAAUGUUUACGUAGACACAGAACUCGGUGACCUCUGGCUAAGCACAAGCUCUUGCUUCCUUUGCACCAACCAGGCAACAGGCGCGCCUUUCAACCAAACCCAAAGCUCGACUUUCAGUCCUGUCCAAGGCACUCUCAACACAACAUAUGGCUAUGCACACAUAGUCGGCACACUCGGCUCUGAUGUGGUUCAAGUAGGCCAGUUCCGAGUGUCCUCCCAGACAUUUGGUCUUGCGACAUCUAUCGGCAACUAUGUUCUCAUCGGGAAUACAUCCGGUAUCUUGGGCCUUGGGUUUCGUGGACGAGCGAGCUCUGGCGCAAUUCCAUGGUGGCAACAAGCAAGUACGGAAUGGAACGCACCACAAAUGUCCUUCUAUCUCACUCGGUCCCUGGCGGGAUCUGGUGUACAAGUACCUGGCGGGCAGUUUACGCUUGGUGGUACUAAUUCGUCACUCUACCAAGGCUCAAUAAACUUUAUCAACCUCGUUCAUGAUCGAUACUGGGCUAUCCCCAUGACUGCAAUCGGCAUUGCCAACAACCAAAAUAUCCAAGUUGGCUCUGGCAAUCAGGUCGCAGUCAUCGACACAGACAUGGAAUUUAUCUAUGGCCCGGCGUCUGUUGUCGACCAGUUCUACUCGAUGAUUCCUGGCGCCCGCCCGGGGUCACAGAUCGACCCUAAUCUUCAAGGCUUCUAUAUCGUCCCCUGCAAUACCAACGUACAAGCAACGCUCACAUUUGGUGGUCAAACAUAUCCGAUGCAAGCAUCUGACUUGAUUGGAGUGAGAAGUACUGACGGCAAGCUGUGCAUUGGUACAUUCUCCAUACUCAACCCUCAAUAUCUGUCGUCACCUGGGAGUGCAUUUGCCACGCCGACAUGGGUUAUUGGAAGCGCAUUCUUGAAAAAUGUCUACACCGUCCUCCAGUCGGAGCCUGCUGCAGUUGGAUUCGCUAGGCUGCGGGAUAAUGUCCAAGAAUUGGGCACAAUAGGCUUCGCUGGCCUUUCAAUCGACGAGAAUGGUCAUGCAAAUGCUGCCGCCAGCCCUCGACAUAGAACGACAACAUUAGGUAGUGGAGGCGUACUUGCUACUGGUGUACUCUGGGCUGUCGUUGGACUGACCGCUGUGACGAUCUGA